AUGAUUCAAAUGAAAGAUAGAACGCUUGCGCAACAACAUCAAUGGCAAAUUAAAUACCCAGGAAUCGAAUCAUUUGUUUUUAAUAAUAAAUGGGUAGAUUGUUUGAUGAGCCGUAACAAUUUGAGCAAUCGUCGCCGUAUAACUAUUGCACAACUAUUGCCAGAUGAUUUAAUUGAGCAGCAACAAGAAUUUUUGGCAUUUAUUACAUAUAUACGUAUACAACAUGAUUAUCCGUUAACUUUGGUUGAAACUGGUGCACGUACUGUUAGUAUUCGAACAACAGGACAUGAAAAAACAAAUUUUACAAUAGUUUUAAAUGCAUGGCAGAUGGGCUAA